AAUUUCGAUUACACACUGGUCUGCGUCUGCGUCUGGUCUGCGUGUUCUGGUGAACAUGGCUGCGUCUAGGGAAAGUAACCUUAGUUCACUGUAUGCAGAAUUAAAUAGGUUUGGACAAGCUGGAGAGUCAGAAAGAGCGUUAAAAACUGCAAAUAAAAUUCUUCAGCAGUAUCCGGAUGAAAAAGAGGCAUUUCAUUGUAAAGUUGUUUGUUUAAUUCAGCUGUCAAGAUUUCAAGAUGGUUUGAAGGCAGUCAAUAAUACUCCCAAACUUUCCAGUGAUUUGGAUUUUGAAAAAGCAUAUUGCCAAUACCGCUUGAACCAGCCAUUACAAGCAUUAAAAACUGUGAACGAAGCCUCAAAUGUGACACUGAGAAUCAAGGAACUUAAAGCUCAAAUUCUCUAUAGAUUGGAGAAGUAUGAAGAAUGUUUUGAUGCAUAUCGUGAUGUAAUUAAAAACAGUGAUGAUGAUUAUGAAGAUGAAAGGGAAACUAAUUUAUCAGCUGUCGUUGCUAAUCUAUGUACUGAAAAUUCGGUUAAAGACCUGCCCCAGUUGAGAGAACAUACUUAUGAAUUAUCAUAUAAUUCUUCUUGUAAGCUCAUUGCUCAUAAACAGUAUCAAGAGGCAGAAAGAAAGCUAAAAGCCACGGAAAAACUUUGCAGAGAAACAUUAGAAGAAGAUGGAUCUACUGAAGAAGAUAUUGAUAGCGAGUUAGGGAUUAUUAAAGUUCAACUGGCUUACUGUCUCCAAUUGCAAAAUAGAGAAAAAGAAGCCCAAUCAAUUUAUUCUGCUGCUCUCAAGCAGAAGCCAAAUGAUAUUGGUUUAGUGGCAAUAGCAAGUAACAAUAUCAUUACAAUUAAUAAAGAUCAGAAUGUUUUUGAUUCCAAGAAGAAAAUCAAAAGUGCUACAGUAGAAGGUCUGGAACACAAGUUGACCACACGACAAAGAAAGAACAUUGCUUUAAAUCAAUGUCUGCUGACACUUUACACAAACCAGGCUGAUCAGUGCCAACAAUUUUGUGAAAAGUUAGUGAAAACAUACCCUGACAUGGCUGCUGAAGCCACUCUGAUCAGAGCUGUUCAACUGGCUCGUGAUGGUAAAGCGAAGGAAGCAGCAAGUCUUCUGGACAAAUUUAGUGCUGGUAAUCAAGAAACUCAGUUGAAAAUGAAGCUUGCAGCAGUUCAGUUGCUUUUGUCUGAUGGAGAUCGUAAAGAAGCGUGUAGAAUUUUACAUAACAUGGGUGAUUCAACUUUCAAACCUGGAAUUGUGAGCGCUCUGGUUACUUUGUAUUUAGCUGAUAACAAUCGUGACGGUGCUUCAAAUGUCCUAAAAGCAGCUGUAGAUUGGUAUCGAAAGAAUAAGGUGAGCACUGGAGAUCUUAGUACCUUGUGGAGGCAAGCUGCAGAUUUUCAUUUACGAGGUGGGGAACCAGCUGUUGCUGCCAAGAGUUUGGAGGAAUUGUUGCGUCAGAAUCCAUCUGAUAAGAAAACACUAGCUCAGCUUGUUAUUGCUUAUGCACAGUUUGAUCCAGCAAAGGCUCAAAGUUUGAGCAAACAAUUACCACCACUAGAUUUCAGUGAAAGAGCAGCUGAUGUGGAUGCUUUGGAAACAUCCAAUUGGAUGAUGGGCACCAAAGUUAUCAAAAAGGCUGCCAAAGUGGAGCCAUCUCCAGGGCAAAAACCAGAGACCCCUGGGGAUGAGCUUAUUCAGAAGAAGAAAACAAAACGUAAACGAAAGGGAAAACUUCCCAAAAACUAUGAUCCUAAUGUAGCUCCAGAUCCGGAACGUUGGUUACCUCGACAUGAGAGAACAGGUUAUCGUAAGAAAAAAGACAGAAGGAACAAAGAUAAAGAUAUUGGCAAAGGAACACAGGGUGCCGCAACAGGAGCUAGUGAUAUGUAUGAUAUUACGAAGAUGCCAAGUCAAGUCAAAGCAUCACCUAAUCCACACGCGAGUCCUGUGCCUGAAACAGGCCCACGACAACAGCAACGGAAAGUACAGCCCAAAAAGAAGAAGAAGAAAGGUGGCAAAUGGUAAUUGACAUUUGAUGAGCAGGAAGUGGUUUGAUUUGGGAAUCGGAAGAAAUGUAAUUGUUUAUAACAUGGGUGCAAUAAAAUAUUAUUUCCUUCUUAUAUUAAUUUUGAAUCCAAUAUAGUAUUGGGCAAUUGAAUCUGUGUUGAUUGAUAUGUAUAGAAGGAACUUUUAUAAAAUAUACCUACGAAGAAUAAUGAACAAUAAUAUCAUUAUUUUAAAAACUUGGUUUUAUAGCUAUGCAUGGAAUAUGUAUUUUCAAGGAAAGUAAAUAAAUUUCAUUUGAAAGAAUAUUAUUAUAUAGACCAUUAAACAGUUUUCAAAACAAUCCAUAAUUUUAUAUAGUGAGAAACUAUUAUCUUUACACACCUGAUAUAUGUAUAUACACACACACACAUGUGUGUGUGUAUAUAUAUAUAUAUGUGUGUGUGUGUGUGUGUACAUAAUUUUCUUCCUCUUUCUCGUUUUCUCUUUCUGGUGUGUUAGCCCAACAAAGAUGAACUUACAGUAAAUUUAGAAUUAUGUUCAAAACCUUAAACAAUAUCACUAAUGGCCAGCAACAAAAUAUUAGUAACUAUCCAUCUCUUUUCUAAAGCUCUUUGAAAUCUGAUAUUGCUAAUAAAACGUGGAUGACAGACUUCCUAAGUGGCUCAGAUCUUCCUGAAAACUUCAUAAACAUACAAAUACAAUAAAAAAUAAUUAUGUGUAAUAGUAUUUAAGUUCAUUAAAAAAAGUUUAUUAAACAAAUUUUUCAUGCAUGUAAUUAUUUGUCACUAUUGUAAUUAAAAGUAUUUCAUUAGAGCUUCUAUGAAUGUGUGUUUAAGAUGAAAAAAAUCAGGUAUAGUAAUUGAACCUGGAAAAAUCACUAUUGAUCUUGCAUAGUUCUGUGCAUACUUCAUAACUUGAGCUUUGUGUUGGAAACUGAAACGGAUCCUAAUGUAGAUAAGGAAUGUUGAAGAUAAAGUAGUUGUCAAUUAGUGACUGUUUUGCUCAAAGAUAAAUUGAACUGAAUUUUGAAAUUUCAAUAAUUUUUAUAAUAUAGAAUUUUUCUUAAUUGAACUUGCAUGGUGGUCAUCAUCUGGUUUGAAUUCUGGGAUCCUCAAAAACAUGCAUCUGUUCACAUGUCAACAUCUCAAUUAAGUCAAUCCUAUUAAUAACUAAUAUUGUAUCAAGAUUUGAG